AUGGAGCCUGACUCCAUUUUUCCGCAAUCUUCCCCCAGCAGCUACUUCGACAACUCAUACGAUGACAUGAACUUUGACGGCAUUGUGGGCCUCGAUCCAGACUUCCUGGCCUUUGAAAUGCCGCAGUUCGAUGCAGCGCACACUGAACAGAUGCCCAUGGUGGAGAUGGAGCACACUGAUAGAGAGGAGUUUCAGAUUGGGGAUGGGGCUGAUCGUGUGCUGCGGCCAGCGAUGGCUACUUUGCCAAACAAGUUCAAUCGGCAGGUUAUGCAGAUGCAGAAGCGUCGGGAGGCUCGGGCAGAGUGGGAGGGGUGGAACGCACAGACAACCGUCACCCCCGCCCAAACCAUGCUCACCUCACCCGAACGCGAAGAGACUCCCACUCCUGUUCCCAAAACUCCAGCCCCAGCUGCCAACCCGCUCAACCAGCGCACUCCAGAAGUCUGGAAGCAUAAAAGGUCAAAAAAAGCGUCCCAAACCGCUCUGCGUUCCGCAUCCCCCAUCCUUCCUGCCAUCACCACUCUCCCCAGCGAUUCCGAGGCUCAGGGCGGGGCACAGAUGGAUCUUGACGAUGCUGCUGAGCAGGCAGAUGAUGUCGCCAGCGAUUUGGUCAUGGAGGACGAGGAGGAGGCUGAGAUUGACAGUGAGGAGGGUGGAGAGGAGGACGAGGACAGGGACGGCGAGGAGGGCGGGGAGGAGGACGGUCAAGAGCAGGAGGACGAGAACAAGGAGAAGAAGAGGGAGAGGCGGAAGGAAAAGGGGAAGGGGAAAGAGAGGCAGGAAGGCUCUGGCAACGAGCUGGAGGUGGACGCCUUCGAGCCCAUCGACAUUGAGUCCCUUGUCACCAGCGAAAGGCUGACUGCGGAGAAGCAAAAGGCGCUCGACAACGACCUCAGCUGGCUCCUCCAGAUGCUGUCCUUCAUUGGAAACAAGCAUUUUCUGGGCAUGGACCAGAUCUCUGACCUCCUUGCCAAGAAGCUCAAGCUUCCCUCGCUGCGCCCUGUGAUCGACUUCAACACGUUCACGCAGAUGUUCUAUCUGAACGCCAAAAUCCUUGGCAGACCCAUCUAUCCCGACUUCGACUUCAGCAAGGGCUUGCUGCCUGACGAUCCGGAACUCAUCAAGAAGUGCUACAUGCACUUCAUGGCCACUAUGGACGAUCCCAAGGAGGGACUUGCAACAUUUCGACUGCUUCAGGCGGUGACACUGAAGCAGACGAACGGUGAGCGCAACAGGAAGUACGUGGAUUGGGUUCGGCGGUUUGUCAAGUUGUUGGAGUAUGGGCAUAAUCUGUUUCGCUUCGAGGGCUUUGCUGUCCUUACCGGCAGCCUCGUGAACAAUGGCAAGCUCUCGAACGUGGUGGUAACGCCGGCAUUGAAGAAAGACCAGCAAAAGAACCUUUCCUCGAGUGCUUGUACAGCACACGAAUCCACCAUUUCGUACCGAUUCCCAUCGUCGUCUGGGAGUCCAUCCCCUCCCCCCAUCGUACCAUCGUCGCCCGAUCUGGCGCAUCAAAACCAACCCGGGCCCUCCGACCCCUACCUCGCCCUCCCACCGCCUGAAGACGAGAUCCCCGACCUCGACGAACUGCCCUCCGAACAACCACCCUCGCCUCCACCUCACACGCCUGCCCCUACCAUGUCAGGGCAUCACCGCAUCACCCUCGCCGCCAACCCCCCCUACUUCGAUGGCGACAAGUCCAAAUACCUGGGCUUUGUGGACGCGUGCACCACUUACAUCGGUGCCUAUCGAUCGGAGUUCUCACAAGAUGAGACCAAAAUCCUCUUUGUCCUCUCCUACCUCCGUAACGAGAACGGCACGAGCUGCGCUGCCUCGAGAUGGGCGAUGAACUGGAAGCAGCACAACUUCGAUGGCUUCCAGGGACUGAAGGCAGGAGUCACAUCAAAGAACUUCCUGGAGGAGUUUCAGAGGGCGUUCGGGGACUCCAAUGCGGAACAAGUCGCCGCUGCUCGGCUUAUGGCCCUGCGUCAAAACAAACGGUCCUUCGCGGACUACAUCUCCGACUUUGAGAUGUUGGCCGCGGAUGCAGGCUACAAUGUGGUUGACACCACCGACGACAAAGGCGAAUACAAGAAGGGGGAACAGGAUAAUAUCCUCAUCGAGUUCCUGGAGCGCGGACUCAGCAGCGAGAUCGCCAGCCGUCUCUACAACACCGGUGUCCCUCUGCCCAAGGCCUAUGGAGCGUUCAAAGCCUGGUGCAUCAACAUCGAAGCCAAUGCUCUGCGUGACCAGCUGCGCAAAGCGUCGUAUGGGCACCCCACACAACGACCACCUCCCCAGUUCCGUCCCCAAACGGCACCAGUGGCGCCCACACCCGCUCCGGCCCGACCCGCUGCCAACGAACCGGUUCCGAUGGAAAUCGAUCGUACCCACGCCCGCGGCCGCAAUAUCAUCUGCUACAACUGUCAGCAGCCCGGGCACAUUGCGCGGAACUGCCCGGAGCCCAAGAAGAAGCGCACGUUCUUCAAUCGGGCCACAAUGCUGGAAGAAAUCGAGAACGGGGACAAGGACAACGAGUUCCUGAAGGAGAUUGCCGAGAAGCUGCGCGAGAAGGGUUUUUGA